UUGUAAACAUUAAUUUCUAAUAGCUAGCUAGUCGGCGGCGCGGGGACAGUUUGAAGUGUCCUGAGAGGGGUCGCUGAAUUUAUUUUACAUAUUUAGUUUAAUUACAUUAAAGCUUUUUGUGAAAUUAAAUGGGUUUCUUCCUGCAUAAGAAUGUCUCUGCACUGUAAAUGACAGAGGCAGUUUAACUAGCUAAUCUGCAGGAUAACGUCGCUUUGGUAGAAUCGCAUUGUGUUGAAUUUAUAAUUUUAUUAAGCCCUUGUUUUAUAUGCCGUGUCUGUCAGGUUUGCUUUAUCUAAAAAGGAAGCACGCUAACUGAAACGAUGGAAUUUAGCUGACAAUUCUCACCUUCUGUAACUCAACACCAGUGAUCUGAUCUGCUAGUCUUUGCAAACCCCUUAUUUUAUUUUAUUUUAUUUUUUUUCCAUUUUCCAUUUUCCUAAUACGUAACCAUGGCAACUCUUACAAGACAGGACCUGAACUUUGGUCAAGUGGUGGCUGAUAUCCUGUGUGAGUUUCUGGAAGUGGCCAUCCACCUCAUCCUGUAUGUGAGAGAAGUUUAUCCAUCUGGCAUUUUCCAAAAGAGGAAGAAAUACAAUGUACCUGUUCAGAUGUCAUGUCAUCCUGAGCUGAAUCAGUACAUCCAGGACACACUCCAGUGUGUUAAACCGCUUAUUGAGAAGAAUGAGGCAGAGAAAGUGGUGGUGGUAAUCAUGGAUAAAGAUCACCACCCAGUGGAGAGGUUCGUGUUUGAGAUCUCCCAGCCUCCUUUGCUGUCUAUCAGCUCUGACACACUGCUGUCUCAUGUGGAGCAGCUGCUGAGAGCUGUGAUCCUGAAAAUCAGUGUGUGUGAUGCUGUUUUAGACAACAACCCUCCAGGAUGCACAUUUACUGUUCUGGUUUACACCAGAGAAUCUGCCACUAGGAACAUGGAGAAAGUUCAGGUGAUCAAGGACUUUCCCUGGAUUGUAGCCGAUGAGCAGGAAGUCCUCAUGCAGGAGCCCAGACUCAUUCCUCUGAAAACAAUGACCUCAGACAUAGUAAAGAUGCAACUUUAUGUGGAGGAACGUGCACACAAGGGACAGCAAAAUGUACCAUGAAAAAGAAAUACACCUAAAAAGAUCCUGCAAGGCGUAUGUAAAGUUACGACCUCAAAUGAAAGCAAACUAGUUUCCUGUGUAUCUUCCUGCACAGCUGAAAGCAGAGAAUGUUGUUCACUUCAGCGUGAGCCGAGUUUGAGCUGAGUAUUUUGGAAAUACUUUUCUUGUGACCAGCUUGAUAUCCAGUGACAUCAUGCUGUUUGAUGAACGCAUGGAUUAGCAGUAAUCAUCAAUUUCUUCAUGUCAGGAAGGCUUUCCAUCUCUAUUUGAGAAAAAAAGUGAGUGAAUAACCUCAGCUGUUACAUUUGCACUUUGUGCUGGAAGAUAAAAGUGCGUGUGUGUGCACGUGUGUUUGUUUUCCACCUGGUGUGUGUUUUUAUUUUGGCUUGAAUGUUCACUUGAAGUGAAAGAUGCUCACAUUCUACCAAUGUAUUAUUAAAAUAUUUUAUACCCCUGUA